AUGGUCUUCGAGGAAUGUGCUAGUGUCAUCAAAAGAGACCUACGUCAAAACGGUCAGCCUGAAGAUGGUGAACCGCAAACGAUUCAUCCGAAUAAGGAACAAUUAACCAGGAGAUAUGCAAUCAUUCCUGAACAGGUGACUCGUAUAUUUCAUCCCUACUCACAAAAAGGUUGCUGUUCAUCUGAUAAUGUGAUCAUCGUACCGCAUGUACAGAUUAGUCCCAACGAGUCGCAUCUCUUCAACAGAGCCAUCAGUUCCGGUGGUGGGCUAUUGGCAGAUUUACAACGGGCAACCAUCUCAGCACAUUCCUUCUACGCCGAUAACAACGAACAGACGAAGACGAGGUCACCGUGGAUUCUUAAACGAUUGUACGAGUGGUCCAAUCGUGCAAAGCGACGUGAGAUUAUCAAGCACGUACAGGCGGCGCUGGAGACGUCGGUCGACCAUGAAAUGGAGGACGAGGAACUCGAGAGACUGCUGAUAUAUAUUCAUCAAGAUCCACUUCAGAAGCAAAAAUACCUUCAAGCAGUUUGGGAGCUAUUCCACUCGGAGUUGAAAUUUCUUCAUCAUCAACUGCUUGUGUUACGGAAUGUCUACAAGGAGCCACUGAAGAAAUGUCAAGUAGAAGGUUGUCUGCUCACGGUUGAGCCCGACUUACUGUUUGGUAACCUUGAACAGUUAUGUCGUAUAUCUCGUGGAUUUUGCCAGACAUUCCUCACUCUUCUACAAGAUGUGAAUUCUAACAGAACGGAUUAUGAUUGUACGGAACUUGUCGUAAAGCUUUUCGAAAAGUUCUCAAAAGGUCCAUCGACGAUUUCCGCAUACCAAGCGUACUGUAUCAACUACAAAGCCACCAUGGAAUAUCUUGGUUCAAUUCGCCAAAAAGAGGAACGAUUUACUGAGUUCGAACGGAUAUGUAUGGCGGAUGAGCGAUGUUCUCGUUUACAACUCGAAGAUUUGCUCAUCGCUCCUUUACAAAGAAUCACACGGCUACCUAUUAUGUUACGUGAAAUCCAUAAGUACACGGAAGGCGAAGAAAACAAGGCAAAAGUGGAGAAAGUGAUUGACUCGAUGACGGAAAGCCUUAGGUCGAUAGAUGACAGUGUGCAAUGGCUACACAACUUCGAACGACUACAACAAUUGCAAACUCAGGUUAUCUGGCCGUCGAUUUUCGAGCUCGAACCAAAAUCUUUUGUUCCAGAUUUUCUCAGAGUGGCUCUGUCUCGUCAGUUCUGCGAAAAUCUUUUGGCUCAUCCGCGACGAAAGCUCAUCCAUGAGGGACCGCUUGAAUUAGUUGAGAAUGGGAGGACAGUGGAUUGCUACGCUUUCCUCUUCAACGAUAUGUUCGUCUUAUCGAAAACGAAAAAAUGCGCUCUGAAGUUGAGAGUGGUGGGUAUCGCCACACAGCUUUUGCUAGGAGGAUAUUGUGUCCCUUAUGAAGUUUAG